AUGGCAAUAGAAUACGAAGAUUCAUCAUCUGUACCUGAAAAACUUGCUUUAUUGGUAUUGAUCGCUGCAAUUGUCAUUGGAAAUGUUUGUGUGUUCGUAACCUACAUCGUUCGUUCGGAUGGGAAACAUUGGUCAAAUAUGUUCGUCUUGGGCAUGGCAUUUGUGGACCUCUUUAUCGGAAGUUUCGUUCUUCCGAUGCGUUUCAUCAGCGCAUACGAUAAGCCCCUAACAUCCAGAUUGUGUGCUGCAUUAACCAUCGGAGAAUCCUGUUCAAUAGCUUGUAUUAUCUAUAAUAUUCUCUUUAUGAUUUUUGUUCGUUUGUACAAUUUAAAAAAAGCAUUUCAACCGAUUCGGCGUAGAUAUAUCAUUAUAUUACUUCUGACAAUAUGGCUCUCUUUGUUUGUCUUCUACGGUAUUCCAUUUAUGAUCAAUUCAUCAAGUUAUCUUCUGACAGUGACAUCAUCAACAACAAACCAAACAUCAUUUUGUACAACCUAUGCAACCUCAAUCCACCAUCCACUAUGGAUGUCCUACGCAGAAAUCGGUUUGAUCUUUUCGUUUCCACUCUUGUGUAUUUUUCUUGGAAAUACUUUUCUUAUUCGUCAUCUGUGUCAGCGACGGCCAAGAAGACUCGAUUCCAUUGAUCGUAGAGAAUAUUUAGUUGCAAAGAAAAUGACAUGGCAUGUAUUAAGUUUAAGUUUAGCUUUCCUCUGUCUUUGUUUACCAUGGAUAAGCAUUCGAAUAUUGAUCAUUUUUGUCAACACGAAAACAAUUCAGCGUACACUACAAAUUACCUAUUAUUUUCUCAUUGUUAAAUGUGUAGUCUUUCCUAUUUUAUAUGCUGCGACCAAUGCGUCAUUUCGCGGUUCAUUUGCUAUGUAUCGACAUAAACGAAUAACAACCAACAAUCGUGUUUGGACAGUCCACGCAUAUUUCCGUUAA